AUGCAAUCGUAUUUUCGAUUUCAAGGUCAACCGCUUGCCGAUUGGCUAUGCGCUACACCAUUUCGACCAAACACCAACAAUAAAAAAACACAAACGCUACAACUGAUUACAAAUGAUUACUCCAAAUACAUCAGUACUACUACUACUACUACUACUAAUACUACUACUACUGCUGCGGAUGUUUUGAAAAAACCUGUUUAA